ACCAGCGGUGUUCUUCUGGUCUGGGUUUCCAUUCCUUCACGGGAUCAUUGGCGGUGGUCCUCCAGUGAUUCUGAACCAUUUCCGACAGCAUUUCAACGUUCCCAGCUUUCUUCGUCAGCUCGCGACGCCAUUUCCAGAAAACGCAGCAGAGAACAAUUUCAGAAACUGACUUCGUUGAGUAUUUGUGAGCUGGUACAAGGAAUCUGAGGUUGACUUGAAGCUUGAGGACUCCAGAACGAACUCUGUUGGAGUGUUCUCUGCAGAACCUUGUGUGACGGCAAGGAGAAGACGAAUUUGGUCCGAGAUUUGGGUGUCUUCCUUUGCAGCAUUGCUUGAACUUGACCCGGAGAUUGAGAGAACCUUUUGGGCUUUAAGGAGACAAGCUAGGUCAGUAGCAACUUGUGAGAGUAGAAUUUCAGAGAUGGAUAAUCAGAUAACAGAAGGGGAUUGAACUAUGAAAGAGCUUGCAGCACCAGAUGUGGCUUAUAAGUACUCAUGCAUCACUUAUCCAGACUUGGCAGGAGAUUUUGAACUUAGAUCAGGACUUAUUCAUCUGCUUCCCAAAUUUCAAGGGUUAUCAGGAGAGGAUCCCAACCGCCAUCUACAUGAAUUCCAUGUGGUUUGUUCCACUAUGAAGCCACAGGGGAUUUCAGAAGAAGACAUUAAGUUGAGGGUCUUUCCAUUCUCUUUGACAGGAGUAGCAAAGGACUGGUUAUAUUGCCUUCCAGCUGGAUACAUUACUAGUUGGAUUGAUAUGAAGAAAGCAUUUUUGGAUAAAUUUUUCCCAGCUUCUAGGACUGCAACUAUCAGGAAGAGCAUUUGUGGUAUUCAGUAAGUAGUGGGAGAGACUCUUUAUGAUUAUUGGGAGAGAUUCAAGAAGCUGUGUUCGAGUUGUCCACAACAUCAGAUUAGUGAUCAGCUUCUUGUUCAAUAUUUCUAUGAGGGUCUACUUCCUAUGGAUAGGAGCAUGAUAGAUGCGGCAGCUGGAGGAGCCUUGGUGAAUAAGACUCCAAAUCAAGCAAGAGAGUUAAUUUCAAAUAGGGCAGAAAAUUCACAGCAAUUUGGGAGUAGAGCUCUUGGGACUAGAGUGGUUAAUGAAACUCAUUUGGUUUCGAAUGAGCAACAAGAAAUCAGAAAUAAUUUGCAAGAAUUGACCUCUCUAGUGAAGCAAAUGGUGUUGCAAAAUUCGAGUCAUGUUUCAAAUUUUCCUUUAUCAAUGAUGAAGUUGUGUGGAAUUUGUUCAAGCCAAGAUCAUUCUUCGAAUCAUUGUCCUAAUUUAUAUCAAGAUGAAUCUGUUGCAGCCAUUUCAAGACCUCAAUUUCAGCAACACAAGUAUGAUCCCAACUCUUCAACUUAUAAUCCGGGAUGGAGGAAUCAUCCUAAUUUGAGGUAUGGGAACACAUUUUAUCAGCAGCCAACACAAAAUCAGAUUGGUCAGCCAUCAUUUCAGCAUCAGCAGAAUCAACAUUAUUUCCAGAACCAUCCAACAGUUCAUUCUAACCAAAAUCAGCAAUUUCAACCAUUCCAGAAUUUUCAGCAUUCGAAUGUUGCAUUUCAGCCACAAUUUCAGAAUGCACAGAAUCAGCAAAACCAUUUCCAGCAAAUUCAGCAACCUGUGCAGAAUUUCCAGCAGCCAAGCAGUGCGAAUCAGCAUCAAUUUCAGCUUGCACUUCCAUCUUCUACAAGUCCUAGAUCAAUGCAACCUCAGCACAACUUUAGCAACUCGAAAAUUGAAGAUUUGAUGCAGCAAAUGAUGCAACAGCAGCAACACCAACAAAGAACUGAUACAACGCUGCAAAACAUUGAAAGACAGAUUGGGCAACUUGCUAACAACAUCAAUCAAAUGCAAAAUCAAGGAUCUGGACAAUUACCUUCACAACCCACUCCAAAUCCUAAGGGAAAUGUGAGUGCAUUAACUCUGCGAAGUGGUAAAACAAUUUCAGACCCAAAUCCUAAUUUUCCAGUAGGAGCACAGCAGAAUAUUUCCAAGCCAUUUGCAGUUUCGAAUUCACAAAAUUUCCAGAAUUUUCCAGCAAAUUCAGAGCAGCCAGAUUCUGCACAGAAUUGGAUUACUGGAUUUGAUCAGCAACAUUUCAAUCAACCAGAAGUUUCAGAUUCUGAUCAAACUGAUGGAGCAGAUUUCGGCUUAGAAUUUACUCCACCAGCAGCUUCAAAUUCAGCUCCAAAUUCAGCACAAAAUCUGGAAAAUUCUGGACAGAAUCUGGACAGAAAUCUAAACCAGCAAGGAGUUGAGCAUUCUAUUCCAUUACCUUUCCCUCAAAGAAGUGUACAACCAAGGAAAGAGUUGGAGGAAGAAAAGGCUAAAGAAUAUCAAGAAUUGGUGAAAUUGUUCAGCAAGGUUGAAGUGAACGUUCCUUUGCUUACCAUGAUUAAGAAAAUUCCAAAAUAUGCCAAAUUCCUCAAGGAUCUUUGUGUGCACAAAAAGAAAUUGAAGGGAAAUGAAUUGAUAAGUAUGGGAAAGAAUGUUUCAGCAUUACUUCAGUCAGUUCCUCAGAAGUGUGAAGAUCCAGGAGUUUUCACCGUGCCUUGUGUGAUAGGAGAUUGUAUCUUUGAGGAUGCGAUGUUAGAUCUUGGAACUUCUAUUAAUGUGAUGCCUAAAUCAGUUUUUCAGUCAUUAAGAAUUGGACCUUUGCAGCCUACAAGUGUAGUGAUUCAGUUGGCCAACCGUAGUCAAGCACACCCAGCAGGAGUGAUUGAGGAUGUAUUGGUAAAAGUGAGGGAGUUAAUUUUUCCUGCAGAUUUUUACAUCUUAGAUAUGGAGGGUGAUGUGCUUGCAAACAGGGCUCCGCUUAUUCUGGGGCGUCCAUUCCUGAAGACUGCUAGAACAAAGAUAGAUGUACAUGCAGGAACUCUUUCUAUGGAGAUAGGAGACACAGUGGUUCGUUUCAGCAUUUUUGAGGCUAUGAAGCAUCCUAGAGAGGAUCAUUCUAUACUUAGCAUGGAUAUAUCGGAAGAGUUGGAUGGCAUGGAUUUCUUGUCAGAUAUUGAUUCAGAUUUGGAGGUUUCUGAUUUUGGUCAAGAGAAUGAGAUUGUUUCUUUGUUGGAGGAGAUUUUAGAGGUGGAAGAAAGUGGUAGUUCAAGUGAAUGCGUAGGGGAUUGCUUAGGAGAAGCAUUACCCCUAGGAUCGCUCAGAGAGGAAGAGGUAUGUGUAGGGGAUUGCUCAGCAGCAUUACCCCUAGGAUCACCUAUUAUGGAGCAGACACAAGAGGAGUUGAAACCAUUGCCCCAACAUCUGAAAUAUGCAUAUUUGGGAGAAAAUCAGCAGCUACCUGUCAUCAUAGCUCAGAAUUUGGAACCAGAUCAGGAGGAGAGAUUAUUAGAGAUUCUGAGACAGCAUAGGAAGGCCAUUGGAUGGACUUUGGUGGACAUUCCUGGGAUCAGUCCUUCCAUUUGUAUGCAUAGGAUCUAUUUGGAGGAGGAUGUGAAGCCAGUGAGACAGCCACAAAGACGACUGAACCCUUUGAUCUUGGAUGUGGUAAAGAAGGAGGUGACUAGACUCUUACAGGCAGGCAUUAUUUAUCCGAUUUCUGACAGCAAAUGGGUCAGUCCCAUCCAUGUGGUUCCGAAGAAGUCAGGGGUGACAGUGGUAGCUAAUGAAGAGAAUGAACUGGUGCCCACGAGAGUGAAGAAUUCCUGGAGAGUAUGUGUGGACUACAGGAAACUGAACCAAGCAAGCAGGAAGGAUCAUUAUCCACUACCUUUUAUUGAUCAGAUGUUGGAGAGGCUGGCAGGUAAGUCACAUUAUUGUUUUCUUGAUGGGUACACUGGUUAUUUUCAUAUUUGCAUCGACCCAGAGGACCAGGAGAAGACGACCUUCACUUGUCCUUUUGGGACAUUCGCAUAUCGUAGGAUGCCAUUUGGAUUGUGCAACGCUCCAGGUACUUUUCAGCGAUGCAUGGUGAGUAUUUUUGGUGAUUUAUUAGAGCAUUGCAUGGAAGUAUUCAUGGAUGAUUUUUCUGUUUAUGGCUCUUCUUUUGAUGCAUGUUUGGAAAACUUGUCUCGAGUUUUGAGUAGAUGUAUUGACACGGAUUUGGUUUUAAAUUUUGAAAAGUGUCACUUUAUGGUAGAGCAUGGCAUUGUUUUAGGUCAUAUAGUCUCUAGGAAAGGCAUUGAAGUAGAUCCUGCUAAAGUUAGCGCUAUAUCUUCUUUAUCUUACCCUGCAUGCGUGCGGGAGGUUCGAGCUUUUCUUGGUCAUGCAGGAUUCUAUAGGAGAUUUAUUAGAGACUUCAGUAAGAUUGCUCUACCAUUGUCUCAGCUACUUCAGAAGGAUGUUUUGUUUGAUUUCGAUCAGAGGUGCAGAGAGGGUUUUGACAGAUUGAAGGAGGCUCUUACUUUAGCACCUAUUAUCAGACCCCCAGACUGGUCCUUACCUUUUGAGUUGAUGUGUGAUGCUUCAGAUUAUGCAGUGGGAGCUGUACUAGCACAGAGAGUGGAUGGAGCACCCCAUGUUAUUUGCUAUGCUUCCAAGACUUUGGACUCAGCUCAAGCAAACUACACAACAACAGAAAAAGAGCUUCUUUCUAUUGUUUUUGCUUUAGAUAAGUUCAGAUCAUAUCUUCUUUGUUCUCAUGUGAUUAUUUUUUCUGAUCAUGCAGCUUUGAAGUAUCUCCUCAAGAAGCCUGAUGCAAAGCCUAGAUUAAUCAGAUGGAUGCUUCUGCUUCAAGAAUUCGACGUAGAGAUACGUGAUAGGAGCCGGAAGGAGAACUUGGUUGCAGAUCAUUUGAGCAGGAUUGAAGGAGACUUAGACCAUUCGGCCAUUGAUGAUGAUUUCAGGGAUGAGCAGCUUCUACAGCUGCAGGGUGAGUCUCCAUGGUAUGUGGAUCUAGUGAAUUUCUUAGUUGCACAUGUUUAUCCCAAACAAUUUUCAAAAGCUCAAAAAGAUAAAUUAAAAAGUGAUUCAAAAUUUUAUGUUUGGGAUGAUCCUUAUUUGUGGAAGUUUUGUAGUGAUCAGAUCAUUAGGAGAUGCAUACCUGACUCUGAGUUUCAGUCUGUACUUACUUUUUGUCAUUCUUUUGAGUGUGGAGGACAUUUUGGACCACAAAGAACUGCUAGGAAAGUAUUAGAAUGUGGUUUGUAUUGGCCUACUCUUUUUCGUGAUGCCUAUGCUUUUUAUAGAUCAUGUGAUAGGUGUCAACGAACUGGGAACAUAGGACUUAGAAAUGAAAUGCCUCAACAAUUCAUUUUAUUUUGUGAGAUUUUUGAUGUUUGGGGUAUUGACUUUAUGGGUCCAUUUCCUGCCUCUUUUGGUUUUGUUUACAUUUUAUUGGCAGUUGAUUAUGUUUCCAAAUGGGUGGAGGCCAUUCCCACUCGGACUGAUGACUCUUCUGUUGUUGUUAGUUUUGUCAGGUCUCACAUAUUUUGCAGGUUUGGAAUACCCAGGGCGAUCAUAAGUGAUCAAGGGUCUCAUUUUUGUAACAGACACAUGAAGGCUUUGCUACAUAAGUAUGGGGUUACACACAAAGUUUCUACAUCCUAUCAUCCUCAAACAAAUGGGCAAGCAGAAGUGUCUAAUAGGGAGGUGAAAUCAAUUCUUGAAAAGACUGUGAGACCGGAUAGGAAAGAUUGGAGCAAAAGACUUGAAGAUGCACUUUGGGCAUAUAGGACAGCUUUCAAAACCCCUAUUGGAAUGUCCCCUUACAGGAUUGUCUAUGGAAAAGCAUGUCAUUUGCCUGUGGAGAUUGAACAUAGGGCGUAUUGGGCGGUUAAAGCAUGCAACCUUGAUAGUGACACGGUUGGAGAAGAAAGAAAGUUGCAACUGCAAGAACUUGAAGAGAUUAGAUUGGAAGCCUUUGAGAACUCACGGAUUUAUAAAGAAAAGACCAAGAGAUUUCAUGACAAACAAAUUGAGGUGAAAGAUUUCCAAAUUGGUGACAAAGUACUUCUAUAUCGAUCUCGUCUCAAAUUGAUCAAAGGUAAGUUGAGAUCUAGAUGGGAAGGACCUUAUUGUGUUACUAAUGUAUUCUUUUAUGGAGUGGUUGAGAUCCAGGAUAUGUCUACUGGCCGGGUUUUUAAAGUGAAUGGACAAAGGCUUAAAAGGUUUCAUGAAGAAGUGAAGGGCUUGGUGGUGGAGGAAAUGGAACAUGUUGAUGCUAUCUACCCGAGCUAGAGGGGAGUUUUACUUUAUCUUUUGUUUCCUUGCAAAUGAAUAAAUUUUAGAUUUUAGUAGUUUUUCUUAUAUGUUAGGACAAGUUUCGGUUUCAUUAGAAUUUUCUUGCAUCAAUAAAUUUUGAGUUACAUUAGUAGUUUUUUAUUUUUGCAUAGUUAUAGUUUUGCACUUUAGGUGCGUGAUAGUUACCAUUUCUUUAAGUUUGUUAGUCUUUGUUUUAGGAAUAAAUGGUACUUCCUUAUUUUGACAUUUCCUUGUAUCAUUUUAAGGGAUUUGAAAAGGGAUGUUAAAUUUGAUUAUCUUGUUUAAAGACUUUAUUGCAUGAAUGAACUCUAGGAUUGCAAGAGGUUGAUACUAGUGAUGGAUUCUUGAUUGAUGAAAUGGUAUGGUAACUUUUAUUUACCUAGUGAGGUUUGAGCCUAUUUGAGUGAUGUACUUGUAGCUUAUUUCACUCUAAAACUUGCUUUAAAUCUAUUUAAUACCACUAGAGCAAUAUUAAGUCAUUUUUAUGGAGAUUACUCCACUGUCACAUUGCCUCACCUAUUGUUGCUAUUUCUCUUGUCAAUAAUCAUCAUAUCUUUAUUCUUUUCUCAUGUUUUAUUUCUUUGGAUGUGGUUAUCUUGGAUGAUAUGUGAUGAUUUUAUUUUGGCCGGGACGGACAAAAGAGUAAGUGUGGGGGAGGUGUGUAAUUGAAAACUGGGUUCUUUUGUUUUGGUGGAGAAUGUUUUGAUUGAGAAAAUGAAUUCGGCAGAAUUAAUAAGUUCAGUGGAUGAAAAUUGCUGUGUGUUAUUGUGCCAAUUUUUGAUACAUUUGAGUGUUUGAUGAAGUAUUAAAUCAGAUUGGAAUUGAGGAAGACUGCAGAAUUCAAGUUAGUGCUGAAAUGAUGUAUCAAGUUUUGUAUCAAAAUCAGAAUGCAAGAUUUAUAGUGAAGAAAGUUUAGUUGGAAUUUGAGAAGAUGUGGUAACAAAUGGUAUGCAAGAAUUUGGUGUAUUAAAUAGUGAGAAAAAUGCCAGAAACUCUGAAUUAUCAGAUUCCAGCAACAAUUGUGGCAGCACUCUCAACCGGCUAGAAAAAUUCUGGUAGCAGUAACUUGCUGAAAUUGUCAAUUUCAGCAACUUUCUUAGUGAUGCAUUGGCUAAAACAAGAUGGAAAUCAAGCUAUUGUUUGAUUAAGUGAUUGUGAAGCUUUAAGGAAAUAAUUGUUGAAGCUUGAAACAGCUGAGAAGCAGUAAUAACAGAAGUUAUAACAAGUAACAAAUCUGAAAUGCAGAACAUGGAAAAUUGGCAGAAUUGAAAGUGUGCAGUUUGGAAUGAAUGGAGUAUCAAGAUUUCAGGAAUGAUAUCAAGGAGAAGAAAAGCUUACAUGAAGCUUUGUAAUGUGAAGAAACAAAUGGAAUGUUAGCAUGAACAACUUCUACAAAUAUUGCAAGUCAAUUACUGAAAUCUGGAAAUAGUAUGGCACUUGAUGGUAUUUGCAAAGCUGAAUUGUGGUGAAUGAGAGGAGUAAAAGAAGACAAUGAUAGCUCUCAAAUUGGGAAGUGAAGCUUAAUUCAAAGAAGAAAAAAAAAAUCAAAAGGAAAAGGUGCUGGAAUGAAAGGGAUGAGUAUAGUGCAGAAUUUUCAGCAAGUAUAGAUUGUGCAGAAUAUGGCAGUUUUUGUGCCAAAUUGGGAUGAAAGUUGUGAUAAACCAAAGCUGCUGAAAAAUGGAAGGUCUUUGGAUAUGCAUUGUAAAGGUUUUGAAGAGGCAAGAUGAAGAAGUGUUGGAAAUUCUUAAGGCUUAACAGGGGCAAGUUGGUACAAAAUCAGCAUUGAAGACAAACUGAAAUCAGUAUUGGCUGUGCAGAAAUGAGUUCAAGGGUUACUGGAAUAUGGAAAAAUCUGGAAUCCAGCUGUUACUUAGUGGUGAUGAAUGGAUAACUUUCUUCUCCAGGGUUUACAAGACUUUGGACAAGAAAUCUAAUACCUAACAGAGAACAAAGCUGGAGCUGGAAACUGAAUCAUAAGUGCAACCUGAAAUUUGGACUGUUACCGCAGUGAGAAAAAGUAAAUCCAAGCUGAAAUUUUUGUGCUAUUGCAGGGAAAGAAAGUAAGCUUUACUGCCUGUCAAAUGCAGAAGAGAGUGUUGAGAGAAAAGAAGUGAACAAUUGAAACAGAAACUGCAUACGGAUCUGCUGAGUAAAGGUAGAUCAGUUUUGUGCCAAAGACAAUGUGCUAUUUUGUGCCAAACUCUCUGGAUAUUCGAAUCUGAAAUAGGGGAGUUGAAAUUAUUUUGAUCCAUUUUCAAAUGAGAUAACUUCCAAGGCUUAUCAGUGAGGCAGGUUUGGAUGGAAGUUGUUGAACAAGAACCAGAAAAAUUAAGUUAACAGAUUCAUGUUACCACUGUGCCAAUCUGAAAAUUUCAGAAUUUCAAUGUGUUGAUGAGGAAGGGAUGUAAUUCAGACCAUGAGACGAACCAAGUCAAAGAAUGUCAGAUUUGCUUGGGAAUUUUGAAGGAGCUGCAGCUGAGAAUUGAAGAAACAGAACAAUAGCAGAAAUCAAAUUCUGUUAAUCGAGGAUAUGAAUGAAAACUGUGAAACUAUAUAAUCUGCACUAGAAAUGAGUGGAGUUAAAGGUAGAGUGCAGGUUGGUGUGCUACAAAGCCAAAUCAGUAUUAAAAAAAACAGUGGAAAGAAGAAAUGCAGAAAUUCAUGUUUUGGUCAAAAUUGAACAUCACAUAGCAUUCUAGUUCCAUGUUUUCCACCUUGAGUUGAACUUUAUCUUUUGAUUUGCUCCAUUAGCAGUAAUUCUUUCAUUUACAUCUGAUUUUGAUCUCUUUCCCAGUGGUGGUAAAGUUUCAUGAUUAUGCAUCUUAAUAUCUGUGAUGGAGGUUAAAUUAGAUGAAAAGCAAGCUUAUGGUAGUGGAUUUGAUAUGAGUAGCUUGAGUGCCCUCCACCUUUGCAAGAUUUGAGAUUAAUAGAGAGCCACCUCAAUUACCUUGGGAGAAUUAGAGUGUUAUCAUUUUCACUUUAUUCAUGAUGGAUGAAAUUUACUAAGUAUCGAACCAAGGUGAAAAUAGAGGUCAUGAAUGUGUGAGUCUAUGAAAUUUGAUACUUACUUGUAACUUCCUUUUACUUUCUUUUGGACAUGAUCAAGAAUAGUUGGGAGUAGGAAGUACCAUCUUAGAUGUUAUUUUAGUUGGCUCACUUGCACGAGACGUGCAAGAAUAAGUGUGGGGGAUUUGAUAGGUUAUGAAUUGAUACAUUACUUUUGGGUUAAUAUUUGGUGUUCUUUAUAUAUUUGCAUAUGUUUAAUUCCAAUUUUGAUCAUAUUUCCCCAAACAAGAUUUUUAUGAGCUUUAUGAUGUUUUUCCAUCUUAUGCAUGAUUUAUUUCUCAUUAUGUGAAUUUGGUCUUGUAGGGUACUAAUGGGUUCAUGAUUCAAGUGGAGGCAUGGUUCAUUCAACCAAAAGGAGCCCAAAACCCUAAUUGACCAAGUGAACUCAGACUCGAGUUACACAUGAGCUGGACAUGAACUUAGGUCUCAAUUGAAAAAAACCCUAGGUAUAAAAUCAGAGUUUGGCACGGUGAACAGUGAGCUCGCACUACUGUUCAUCGUGCCAGUUUCUUGACGGCGCGGUCGCAGCUCCCUUCCUUCUUCCAAAUCUUCGAGCAACCUUGUCCUCAUCGGCGUGGAGUUCCUCAGCUUCCAGCAACCGGUUUCCAACCUUCAGCACCUCUCCAGCGAGCGUUUUUGCAAGCGAAGUACUGUAGCUGUGGGGCGCAAUUUCCAACUCAGACCAGCGGUGUUCUUCUGGUCUGGGUUUCCAUUCCUUCACGGGAUCAUUGGCGGUGGUCCUCCAGUGAUUCUGAACCAUUUCCGACAGCAUUUCAACGUUCCCAGCUUUCUUCGUCAGCUCGCGACGCCAUUUCCAGAUAACGCAGCAGAGAACAAUUUCAGAAACUGACUUCGUUGAGUAUUUGUGAGCUGGUACAAGGAAUCUGAGGUUGACUUGAAGCUUGAGGACUCCAGACCGAUCUCUGUUGGAGUGUUCUCUGCAGAUCCUUGUGUGACGGCAAGGAGAAGACGAAUUUGGUCCGAGAUUUGGGUGUAGGGAUGUUAGAUUUUCGUUGCAGUUUGUUUCUAGCUUAGGUUUUCUUAUUCCUGCAUAUUUGUUUCUAAAUCUGAUAGUUUAUAGUUUGGAUUUAGUUGAAGUUUCAUUUUCUACAUGAAUUUGAGAUGCUUAGUUCUGUUUU